CGAUAAUUGCAAAUGGUCGCUUAAUAACAGAUGAUUGAACGCGUUCCGCGGCGCGCGGCGUAGCAUUUAUCUGUCAAGAGUGGUGGCGGCCGGCCGUACGGUGAUGCGCCGGCUGACGCGCGUCCGUUGAACGUUGAACCGGCGUAGCGGGGACUCGUGAACGCACACACACGCCAGAGCGAGCGAGAGAGAAAGAGAGGUUGCGAAUUCGUUUAUUUCCAAGUCGACUGGAGACAGCCGCGACGGAGUGAGCGAACGAGCGUGCGAAAGCGCAAGAAAGAGACAGACAAAUAAGAGCGAGCCGAACGAGGCGGCCUUUGAAUAACCGCGUCUUUUAUUAUGUGAUCGCGAAUCGCGCGCGGGGCGACGACACGGUGACGGCGAACGCGAGAAGAGAGAGAGUGGUGACGCGAAAGUAAGGAAGACAGCGAGACUAGGAAGAAAGGAAGGAAAGGCAGACAGGCUAGGAAACAUGUGGAGCACUCGGGCCGAUGUUUUCUGCUACCUCAUCGUAGCGAUACUCGCUCUGCCGACUCUUGGCCGUGCAGAGGGACAAGACGACAAGACGCAACCGAGGAAGUGUAACAUCACGGACCUCGGGAGCGCACAAUGUGGUAAGAACGAGAGGUGCCACGCGAGCCGCGCCGAUCAGCAAGCGCUGUGCGAGUGUAAACGCGAAUACCAUUUAGUUAAUGGCGAAUGCGUUUUAAUCACCCUCACAACGGCAAACUUCGACCUCGCAACCCUGAAGCCUAGAGUGCUUAUGUCUGAGUCAGGAGGUAGCUCCGUAGCCGCUGGUCUGCUAAUACCAACCUUCGUCGUAGUAGUCGUCGUUCUGCUAUACGUCGGCGCGAGGCGGUACAAAUGGCUGCAACGAUUUCGGCAGUAUCGUCACAAUCGUUACGGCAAUGUCCUAGUCACGAGAGACGACGACGACGACGACGAUCCGCCGAUAGCGUAAGAGUCGAAAAGAGGCCAGGAUACAAAGAGGGAAAACGAAAGAAACAGGAAGAGAGCAAUGCUAGCGCAAAACGCUCACGUGAUGGAGACGCGCUUGGGCUUGCAAGCGACGCAACGCAUCCUUAUCCGUUGACCUCACGCAUGUAGUCACGUUCUAUGAGGGUUUUUAGCGGCGCUCUCAAACAGCGAAAAUUCGUACGCAAUCUUCCCCGAGAAAAGGACCGAGCGCUUCGUUGCGUGCGCUUCGUUGCGAGCUUUGACGCGCACUCUCUAAGGUGCAUUCAGUGUAUCCUUCACUGAGAUGCUACACUUACAAUUGGUGGUUCAAUUAGAAGUAUAGCAACCAGUAAAAGCUCACUGAGAGAAUUAAUUAAUAGAAACGGUUGUCCUCAUUACUGAUGCAGGUUUGCAAACAGAAUGUCAUCGCAUGUAAAGUGCAUAGCAACCGUUAAUUCGCCGCGAACGCUGAAAAUUGGACUUAUUGGUAUAAUAUGUAUAUUUAUAAAUUUUGUAUAAUACGUAUAUUUAUAAAUUUGUAUACUACAGAUGUGUUGCGGUGAAAUUUUAAUUCCACUGGUCGAAGUCAAUGAGAUAUACGAAGGAAGAGCAAUGAAGUAGGAGUGUUUUCACUGAGAACUAGUGAAUAUUCACUUAAUGUUAGCGAAAUAUUCUUUUUAUUUGUUACAAUCACAGAAACAUCUUUACUGAUGCACUUAAAGAGAGUAAAGUGAAAGUACCAGUUCCCAGAGACAUGCCGAGCAUUUUCUAUUGAUUCGAUCCUUAAGUACAAGAUAUCUAAACUUUCGAUAUAGCAUAUACGAAUUUAAUACAUGUAUAUAUAUAUUUCCUGUUGAAAGUUUAAAUGUUUAAAUGUAUUUUUAGAGAGCAAAACAAAUAAAAAUGUGCACGAUUAAACGCGUGUCCGGGCAUCAUCAGUACUUUUAUUUUGGUCCCGCGUGUCAUGACAUGAGUUUAUUUUGCGCUCGGUGACAUUCUCAUCCCGACGAUGUGGUUACGCGCGAGCGUCAACGGAGAAGCGCGGGUUGCGAGAAGCGCGCGGAGGAGACGAAAGGCGAGCUGAAUCACGAGGCCAAAUGCAAAGACGCGCUCGCGCGAGUAGUCACGUCUUUGUGAGCAAAGUGGAUCUUUUGCAGUCGCUUGAUUCAUGCGGAAAUUCACUGUGACUUUCCCUGCUUUUGCGUUUGCCAAGAGAAGAGAAAUUUUGGAAUUGUUGCUGUCUCUUCGUGGUGCUAUUAACCUCUUCCCUUCCGAUUGGUCGCGCAAGAGCGUUGCUACUCGCGCUAGUUGUCGAAACUAUAUUUAUAUGUGAUGACAGUGGUAGAGUAAAGGAUGUGACAUGUGACGGACUGCGUCUACGACUAGAUGUAAGAAUCCUCACAAGAACAUAAUUUUUUACAUUGAUAUUAAUAAGCUGGUCAGUAAACUUUACGUAAUGUUAGCGUAGUGUACGAUAUAAUACGGUGAUCUCUCGUUUCUCUCAUCACCUCCUCAUAUCCUCCUCACUCUGCGUGAAAUCCAGGGGAACUGUAUCAAAUGUACCAUAGAGGACGCUUUCCUUUGCAGAAUCCUUCACGUGCAGUCUUAAGUUCUUCCUUGCAGAACUUAUCCCGUGAUACUGACUCAUUCCGCUAAAUAACGCGAGUUUUCUUCGUGCAAAUUUAUAGGAAAGGAGAUUGGGAAAUUGUGUUAUGAAUCUUUAACAUUUUUAAGUAAUAUUUUUAUUUAGUCAAAUUAUAUAAUUUUGAAGUAAGUAAUAUAGAGAACCCGCAUUAUUGAUGGGAUGACUCGGUGCAAUAUUCUCGACACGCAUGACUGAAUCGAUUUGACACUCACGAUUUGACACGUGUCCAUUAAGUUAUUUUCUUGUUGCUUAUAUGUGUUUUAUAUGUAUUAAAUUUUUUAGAGCAACUUGA